AUGAGUGACCGCGUGAAUCCGCUGAAAUUUCUUUUAGAACCAUCUCAGGAAGGCUUUCUUGUUUGCUCGUCUUGCGAGAAAGCUUCAUUUCCUAAAAUUGCUAAUCUUCGGGUACAUUUCAUCCGCUGUGUAGAAGUUUGUGGUCGAUACAGGAAAGACUUGCGUCUUGGGAGAUCAGUUCUAGAGUCAUCCUCUACGUUAGCAGCCAUACCAAGGCGACGUAGCAAAAAUUCACCGGUGAGAUGUCCCGUAAAGGACUGCAUUUCGGCUUGGCGCCCAAGUUUUGUUUAUCCGAAUUCGGUUGGUCAAGUGUCGCAUAUACUGGCUAGACAUCUUACCAGUAAAGAAGCUUACAACGUAGCUUUGCAGUUAGGGAAGGAGGAACAGCUUGACAAAGUGUUUCCAUAUUUGAGCGUAUCAGAAUCGUUUGCAAACACAUUGAAUCAUCCGAAAACGAUGUGUUUGCAAUGCUCAAAAUGUGAACAUGGCUUUCGUAGACCUAAUGAACUGGUACAACAUGCGAAGCGUUAUCAUCCUACGAAAAAACACUAUUCUGGAGCACCAAAAUGCCCAAUCACUUGCGGAAUGAAACUCAUUCGAAAACCUGGCAUGUCGAAUGAAGUGCUGAGGCUUUUUCAUGUAUUCAAAUACCAUCUCGGUAUGGAUAAGGCGGUUGCAUGGAUACGAGAAUGGCCAGGGUAUGAUCCAUAA